UGCCUAUCAUGUAAGUGACUUAGCAAAUUGACUUAAGUAGGUUAAUUAAUCUAAUAUUAGUAAUUGUUCUGGACGAUAAAAAAAUUAAACAAAUAUAUCGACCUAUGAUUGAAAAAAAUGUCUCCACUAGAAAUACGCAGUUGAACAUAGACUUUGGCUCGACACAGUGUUUUAUGAUAAAUGUAAGGUUACAGUAAACAAAACACAAUGACAAGUGCGGAAAAAUACGUGUUUCUACUAGACGAAGAAUCAAAGAAGUAUGCGGAAGAAAACUUAAACGAAAGCGAUGAAAAUCGAGACAGCUGUCUGACGGAGAUACGCGAUUGGCUGGAAGAAAACAAACAUCUGAACGCGCGACCGGAAGACAAGUACAUCCUUCCGUUUCUGCGGGGUUGCAAGUUCGACCUGGACAAGACCAAAGUGAAGAUCUCGAAUUUUUACACGAUGAAGCGUGAUAGACCGGAAUGGUUCUCGAAUAGGGACCCCUUGUCGCCGGAAAUACAGCAGUUGGUGCGUUUGGGGGUGUUCCUGCCACUUCCGGUGCUCCACGACAAUAAGUUGGUGGUCAUUAUUAAAACUGCAGUGCAUAACCCCAAAAUCCACAGCCAGGAUGACGUUUUUAAGGCGGGAAAAAUGAUUCUGGAGAUUGCGUGUAUGGAAUCGGAAUACUCCUCGAUAUACGGUGUUAUAGCCAUUUUCGAUAUGUCAGGACUAAGUUUGGCGCACGCCAGACAACUACCCCCAAGUGUUAUAAAAAAAGUUGUGUAUGCCUGGCAGAAUUACCACUGCAGGCCCAAACAACUCGAAUUUAUAAACGCGCCGACAUACGUGAAUGUCGUGCUGAACAUUUUUAGAAGUUUUAUGUCGGAUAAGCUUAAGGGCAGAGUUCAGGUGCAUUUUUCCGGGUACGAUUCUUUGUACAAGGCUGUCGGUAGGGAUGUUUUACCGGAAGAAUACGGGGGGAACGGGGGGAAAAUAUCGGAAUUAAUCCAGUAUUGGGAAAAUAAGUUAGUGGAGUAUUCAGAUUGGUUCAGAGAGGAUGAAGUGUACAAAGCUAAGGAUGAAAAGAAGUAAAGUAUUUUUAUCAUAACAAAAUGUUAUUGUAUUUCUAAUAUUUAAUAAAGGUUUUUUAGUAUUUCCUUUGCUCACUUCAUUAUAGAAGUUAUAAUUAACAAAAUUUUUAAUUGCAGUGUUCAUAAAAUCAUUUCUAUUUCUGCAAGAGAAUGUUUUUAUUAAUAAUUAGAGAAAGGUUCUUAAUUUUUAGCGCUUCUUUAAAAAUUUAAUUAGAUACUUGCGUAUUUUGAUACAUAUUUUUUGUUAUUGUUUUUUGAUUAAAUAAAAUAUGCUGAUAGUAUUAAAACAAUAUUUGUCUACUCAAAUGUUUCGUUUAUUAUUUAAAUUUAUAUUAACCUGGUAUUCUUUUGCAAAAUAGUCGAUUACCUACUGAAGUUAUUAUUUUUGACUAUU